AUGGACCUUCGCUUCCUCGUCCGUCCCGUGGCCCAGCUCCUGGCGACCGCCUGCCGCGCACCCCUCGUCCCCAGGCGCGGCCACAAGACCGCCGCCCGAACAAAGCGGGCGCUCAAGAUCGCCCCUCACGACUCCUUCCUGCCCGACCGUGCCGCCGCCUUCCCCGCCGCCGACAGCAUCAUCUACAACCCCCCGGCGUCGGAGGCCUCGCCCGCCCACACGCCCUUCAUCUUCCUCCCGCCCAGCGACCCCCGCAGGUCGGCGCUGCUCCGGAUGCGCAACCGCCCGGGCGCGCCGGCCCCCCACGCCCAGCCGCUCACCGAGGCCGAUCUGCCCCCCCGGAUGCGCUACAAGCACCGCAACCCGCGGUACAACCUGCAGGAGGAGGACGUCGCCGAGAUGAGGAGGCUGCGCGCCCAGGACCCCAUCAAGUGGAGCGUCAACAGGCUCGCCCAGAAAUUCGACUGCUCAGAGGUGUUUGUCAAGAUGGCGGCCCCCGCGUCGCGCGAGCACCACGAGUGGCUCAAGGCCAAGAUGGACCGCAAGACGGCGAGGUGGGGGCCCAAGAAGACGCAGGCACGGGAGGACAGGAAGCUGAGAGCCGAGCUCGUCUACCGGGGACAAUUGUAA